GCAGUGUUUCUUAACCAGGGACCCUUAACUGGACCUUAAGAUUACUUUUUUAAGGCAAAAACAUUCAAAUAUGCUACAACAACUGAUAUCAAAAUAUUUCUUAGUGGUUAUUUAUAUAACAAAGUAAAUCUUUUUAUAUUCAUAUUGUUCAAAAGGUUGUCAUCUACUGCAAUGGUGGACCUUAGUACCAACAACCAUUAAGUCAAAAAAAGACGGUGCUAAAGUAAAUAAAAUCCUAGUAACAGUGAAUGCUAAUAUAGAAGUGAUGUUAGGCUGCUGCUCUUAACUCUCUGUAAUGCUAUGCCACUUCUCACAACUUAACACUACAGUGCUGGCGAUCCCCUCAGGUUUGAUAUAUGUGCUACUAUGCACAAGGGAAACUUUUGAAAUGCCAUGGGUGUGAAACAAAGUAGUCUUAUUUCCACACUGCCCAUUAUAUCAUCUCAUUAAAUCAUCAUGCACAGCCAAGACCAAGUGGCUCAAAUGCCAUAACUGUCAUGGCCUGCACACAUUUUAAAGACGACAUGCAUACCCUUAAGUUUGAGAGCUUCCUCCCAUAGUGUUGUUAGCUCAGUUAUAUUUCACAUUGAAAUGAAUUUUGUGUAUAGUCAGUGAAAUCUUCUAUGAAAGGAUUAAUUUUUAUAGUCAACUGACACACACUAGCAUGACGACUCUAUUUGCAGUGGCCAUUAAAAGGUGCGAUAUUUACAACAGUGUACCCACAGGACAUGAGCUCUAUCUCCCCUGCUGAUAGUAUUAAGGGGCCUGAGAAACUAUAUUUAGCUGGCUCUGAGACUUCAUUGGCCAUGUUAGUCAGAUUCCAAAAGAAAACACUCCAGUACUAGCAGUACCAGCACCUGGUGUCAAUGCUAACUGGCACACUAUUACCAUAGCUACGACUAGGCCUGGACCACGUUUCCUGAUCCCAACCCCUGCAGGCAAAAAAUAAGACAUCUCAGGAAUUCAACAAAAGUGAGAAAGUUUGUUUAGGUUGGUGACUUGGAUCAGAUUAUAGACCAGAAGAGGAAGUUACAUGUUGGACAUAUAAUCUGUUUUAUUGCCGAACACUCAUUGGACAUCUCAUCCUGUACACCAUAUAAUUUCUACACUUGUAAUUGAGGUCUGGCCUAUCAUCACCACACCUGAAAAAACUUCUAGUGUAACUACAUCAACGCUUAUUAGACCAUCAACAUUUUCCAAGUGACAUUUUAGAAGAAAUGACUACGUCAUCUCCAUCAAUCAAAAGAAAAGGCAGCCAGAAUCACAGACAAAAAGAUAAAGUGGAAAGUGACCUAGAGCAGGCCGAUGAGAUCAUGGAUGACUCAGCCAGUUCAUACUACACUGCCCUUUGUUCUUUGAGUGAGUAUAGUGAAGAUAUAGAUGAUAGGACAAGCAUAGAGCCGCUUGAGUCGCAGGAUUGUGCUACCUCUAUGGAAGGCAUCACUUCAACGUCCUUGAUCAAAGACACCACUCAAGAAUACAAAACACAAAAAGACAUGGAUACAACAGAGCUUCCAGAGGUGUCCCAAGGUCAACAAGAUGAAUCUUCAUCAUUGAAGAUGGAUUUGUUAGAAUCAGAAUCAAAACCUUUACUAUCAUCGACAACUUCAACAAAUACGGAUUUGCAAUCUUUGAAGGCAGACGCCAUACAAAAGCUGGACACUUCAUUUAAUUUCUCCCAAAAAGAUUUAUCACUUAGACCCAAGGAUUAUUUUAGAGGCACUGGGACUAUAUUUCACACUAACAUUAGAUCCGCUGAGGAGCUCAGCUAUUCACAACACGGAUCGACUUCAAACACUAUUUUGCCUUCUCCUGACAGAGAUCAGUAUAGCAAGGGUAGGAAACCGGAGCACGGUGGCACAGAGCCAAAAGAGGGCCACGCGACACAACAGCAGAGACCCAACGAGUCCUGGUUUUUCAGAGGUGGGCAUAUUCUGGGUAAUAUGGUAACGGAGGGAGAGGGGCAGGGUACGAGAAACGAGCAGGCUGAGCUGUCACUCAGGUCUAGAAAUAGAAAAGGGUCUGCAAGCUGCAUCUCAACAUUCACAGGCAGCAAGCAGGAGUCAAGAAUCCCGUCGCACUAUUCAGAGUGUAUCUCCGCACCCGGGCAACAACAUCAGCUACAGAACCUUGCUGAUACUUGGAGUUUGAAAAAGCAGAGCACGAAAGGCGCCUGGCUGUCCAGAUCAGUCUCUAACAAACAGUGCAGCACCUUGUGGCAACCUUGCCACAAUACCAGCAUGGGAACAAAACUUGCUGAGGCCAGUGGUAACCUGGCCCAGGUAAGAUCUUCCUGUACUGAACCUGACUACUUGCAUGUUUUCGGAUCUUGCUGCAGGCCCUCACAUCAACUGUCUAGUGAUGGGAGCAACAAUAACUGGAAAGAUGACAUUCUCUCUUUCAAAAUGCAGAUGUAUUCAAACACAUCUGCUUGUUCAGAAUCCAGCAGCUUUGAGUGCAUCGAUGUUGCGGUGGAAAGCACAGAAGAAAUCAAAAGAGGAUUAAAGACUGUUCCUAAAAGACAAAUCCAGCUGAAGAGACGCGAUGUAGCUGAGUCACUUGUCAGAGAAAACAACGAUGAAAGCCUUCAGGUUCCGAACCCACCUAUGCGCACCCGAGAUUUAUUUCAACGUCAACAUAGCAUGCCAGAAGCAUUUCACCAGGAGUCACACGCGACCGAUCAGAGGUCAAUACAAGCUGAACGAAAGCAGAAGCUACAAAAGUCGUUUUCGCUGGAUGAGACGUCAGGCAAAACCAAAAUGGCUUCCUGCAUCAUAACAAGUGUCCUAUCCAAAAAGAUGCAACAUGAACAAAAUCUUCGCACCAUGGAUGUUGCCGAUACUUCUGUCGAUGCAAAUGAUUUGCAUUCGGCGACCAAGGAUGUACAUGCUGAAAUUACCAAAUUACAACAAAGUACUCUUCCCCAGACUGCCCCUCCGAAGAUUGAGGCCCAAGCGGAGUGCAGCUCCAUCCAAAGGCACAACAUUGCUAACUCCAAAACACAACCAAAGCCAUUAAGCAAGCAUAGCUUCAACCCCCUGCUAAUUGGAAUUGAAAGGUCUGAAAUUCAAGGCAGUGGCACUGAAAUAACUGUCCCUUCAGAGAAUGAGAAAGCAGAGAAGCCGAUCUCAAGAGAGGAGGUGGUGCGGCUCCCUAACCUGAGCCCGGGACCGAAGUUAUCCUGUGACUCAGCAAAGAGCAGAGCGUGGACCUCGAGUGCAGCAACAAAUGUACCUAUCAGCGCACAGGCAUCUGUGAAAACUACACCUGAGGAAUGCCACAUGGGCCAGAGAAUCCAUCAGGGUGGCAGCAUUGAAAGUACACUCAGUCCUACAAAUAUUGCCUGCCUUAUUUCUGAUCUGGAGGCAAAUGAAACAGUUCCCCUGGUUGAUGAAGGAGCUGUUGGGGAGGGGCAGGAGAGUGUCAAGCUGCUAGGACAGUUUACAUGUCCGGGUGUGCAAAGCCAGGGAAAAAUGAAAGCCAUGGCUCCUAUGCAUGUAGUAAGAGACAUGAGGAGCCUAGUGAAGAACACAUACAACUUGCCCUUUAAGGGCCCAGUGGAAUCAGUUCAUAGUAGCACUCCUUUUCAUCACAAUCAAACCAACAUUAAAAAUGAAGAUAAAGGAAAGCUACACAGACAAGAUGAAAAGCCCCUGGUGCAGAAAGACUCUCCCCCCAUUCCACUGGACAAAAUGAGAGAUCUGGCCUUUCAUCACUUUACACCCAGAGGAUGCUCAACUAAACUAAUGCCUCCUGUGGAAUCAAAUGACAAAAGUCAUACGGUUGGAUUUACAAAGGUCAGCCAAACUAGUGUAACCAAGGCAAACAGCUGUGCAAUGUCAAAGCCCCCAGGGAUACAGGAUAGCCAAUUUGGCUUUUGUAAAGGUGGUAUUGCAGGCAACGAAACAAACUUAAAACCAACAAACAGGAAAGAUCUAACACCGCAAACUGGAGAGGAUUGUUCAACUGAAGCGCCCAUGAAACAAGAGUUCAACAGCUCUGACAACGACCGACAGGCUGCUUUCCAUAGUUUCCCAGUACCAAUGCAAUAUUAUUCACCUACAGUAAGCGCUGAACAACAAUACCACAGCAGGAUGAUCAGUGAUGGCCAAUGCGUGCCUCCCAGGUCACAAAGUUCAGCCGGGCCUCUGUCUGCUUGCGUCCUAACAGUUGCGUCGACACCUAUGGUUCAACACCCCUGCUAUUUCAAUGCCAAUCCACUGGGUUACCAGACAAUCUCUCCUCACAUUGGAUAUGUUCAAGGGCCUGUUUUGUUUCAAGCACCUCUUUAUAACCAGCCACCUGCAUCUAAUAGCAAUAUCUCUCUAUCGAGAUCCCUUUCCGAGGAUGGAAAAAUGCAGCAAUCCCCAACAGAUGGCUCAACCAAUCAUUCUGAAGAGUCCAUCCUUAACACACCUUCUCCAGAUGGCAUACAAAACACAGUUUUCGUUGCUCCCUUGCCUGCAGAAGCCAGGCUUGGAGGUACAGGGGUGCUAUGUCCAGAUGCAGGAGGAAGCCAAAACCAACGCCAACUGUUGGUGGACCCGGAAACCGGACGCUGCUUCUAUGUGGACGUGCCUCAGUUGCCACAGCGCAAGAUGCUUUUUGAUCCACAAACGUGUCAAUAUGUCGAGGUUCUACUGCCACAGCAGACGCUAAACAGCGCUGUCCUGCCUUCACCCUGUCCGAUACCGUUUGCUUCUGUUCACAUCCCCCCCAUGUACACCACACACUGCUUACCUUUCGUGCAAGCACAUCCUCAGGUGCUCCAACCACCAGGACCAUGAAACCUGAUGGGACCUAAUGCUCAAGGAUCAGAUUACUCAGCGCCUCUGAGGUGCUGAAUUAGAGCUGUUUAUAAGCUACCGAAUGAGUGAAACAUGUUGACCAUCUGCUACCCUGGCCUCAAGCGUAUUUUCUUAGCACUGCAUUUCUUUGCGAAGGCUACCUCUGGACUUGCAACUGACAUGGGUGAGGUUAAUUACAUCUGUUGAAAUGUUGUUAGAUGAAUAUGAAUUCACACAUGCAACACGUAUAUAAACAGAGCACUGGCUUUAAAGGGAGAAAGGGCUCAGCUCAGCUCUGGUAUGGGCUAUUGAGACUCACAGAGGGACCUGAGGGUCUUUAGCAGGUUUAGCAUCUAUGACAAAGGUCACAACUGUAAUGUAAAUGUUUACUGAAUGCCAAUUUGAGUGGAACCAUGGCUUUGUUUUCUGUAAACUGUGGCUUACAUGUUAACCAGUUUCUGAUAAUACUUCAGAGGUUUGUUUAUUUGUAGACAUGCUUACAUAGGGUAUUGGUGUCCCAUGUGACAUUUUUAAUAGGAGAAUCCAAAAAACAUAUAUAUACUAGCUCUAAAAUGAAUCUGCGCUACAAAUGCGUAAUAUUAUUCUCUCCUGACAUCAAGCUGUCUGCUUUAAUACCAAGAGCUGUUAUCUGAGAUUCAGGCUGGAUUAUGGAGUAUAUAUAUAUAUAUAGGGUGGUUCUCAAACAUUUCGGCAUGUAACCCCCCUGCCCAUGUAGGGUGAAUUCCUUCAUGGCCCUUAUUUUUCUGUGGUUUAAUUACACAGAAAUUAUAGUAAAAUAAUGUUUUAUAAAACUGAGCCCCCCUGGCACCAUCUCGCACCCCCCAGUUUGGGAACCACUAGGUUACAGGUCACAGAUUUAACAAAGCAUUGCUAAUUGUUGUUAAAAGUGUGAAGAAUGAAUCAGAAUUGCUUUGAAGAUUCCACAAAACAGUUUAUGUAAAAUUAUGUUUAAUACAAAAUAACUUAAACACAACUUUGUCAACACUGAACAUCCCACAUGAUCUGUAAUGCUUUCACGGCAUACAUAGUACACUUGGUAUUUAUAAACAUUAUACGUUACGAUAACAUGUAUUUAUACAUUAUGAUUUGUUUAUUUCAAACACGUAUUUGUCACCAUCUUCUGAAGCAGAACAUUUCUAAAGAUUUUUGUUUUGUCAGUUCAUUUUUAGUCUUUUGUUUAGUGUCAAUCACUUGCGAAUUUUGUACACAAGAGGUAAUAAAUACUGAAAAACCUGA